AGGCGCUCGACUUGAUCUUAGUGACGUAGCGGAAGCAGGAAGGUGAGCUCCAACGCGUCGGUGGACUUUUUCGAGCGCUUUCAACUGGCCUGUUGCUCAAAUGGCGGCCUGCGCGGCGCUGCGGUCCGGGACGCUCCUCCUGCUGCUCGUGUCCGCACUCCACGGGCCGAGCUGCGCGGUGUCGGAACCCGGCAAAUGGGUCCUGAACGUGGACAGUGACACUUUGAGGAAGCACAACCUUUUCGUCUUUGCUAAAACUCUGUUCAACAACAGCAUCAUCCAUCUUAAAUUGGCGGCAGAGAGCUGCAACUCGUCUUCCCCAGUGCACUUGAACGUCUCGUGGUACCUGAGGAGUUCACGGUGCUACGAUGAAGUCUUCGGUGUGGACGCGACACGAGCGGAACGGUACUUCGGGUCCGCCGAGGUGAAUCCGGGAGGAGGAAGUGGUUUCUUCGUGUUCCAUCAGUACCCGCUCGUCACUUGCCAGCCACGUGUGGACCCCAACAUAUUCGGUCUGAAUGCGUUUGACGUGAAAACUCGACUGACUGAAUUGCAGACUUUUCAGCCAAUCACAGAGAAGACCCCCGGCAGGAAGCGCAAAGAGGCGGAGCUUCCAAAAGCGAAGCCGGCUGCGGGAGAGACAGACGAGCAGAAGAAGACGCCGACUUCUGCGGGAGACUCCGACGUUCCUCACAAACAGGCCGCCUCACGUGCGCACUUCGAUGCGGUGGCUGAGAGCUGGGCGGACGGUCCGUACGUGUUCCUGCUCAGCGUCCGCGAGGUCAAAGAGAAGAACCGGGCUCCCGACCCGGCCCGCGGCCCCCCGGGCCCCUGGAACCUGCGGCUUCAGGUGAGCAUGAAAGGACCUCACGACUACAUCUCGGCCUCAGAAUGGCCGCUCAUGCUGUUCUACAUGGUGAUGUGCGUGGCGUACGUGCUGCUGGCGCUCUUGUGGCUUCUGCUGUCGGCGUGCUACUGGAGGGACCUGCUCAGGAUCCAGUUCUGGAUCGGGGGCGUCAUCUUCCUGGGCAUGCUGGAGAAAGCCGUUUACUACGCCGAGUUUCAGAGCAUCAGAUACAACGGCUUGUCCGUCCAGGGCGCGGUGGUGUUCGCUGAGGUUCUGUCCGCCGUCAAGAGGACGCUGGCCCGCGUGUUGGUCAUCAUCGCCAGUCUGGGAUACGGCAUCGUCAAGCCCAGGCUGGGCGCGUUGCUUCACCGCGUGGUGGGCGUCGGCCUGCUCUACCUCAUGUUCUCCGUGGUGGAGGGCGUCCUACGGGUCGACGCCGAUCGAGGCGACAACGCCGGCAGUAUACUUGUGUGUGACGUGGUGCUCGCCUUCACCGACUCGUGCGUCAUCUGGUGGAUCUUUGUGAGUCUGGCUCAGACGAUGAAGCUGCUCCGACUUCGCCGGAACCUGGUCAAGCUCUCUCUCUACACGCACUUCACCAACACGCUCAUCUUCGCUGUCAUCGCGUCAGUCAUCUUCAUCAUUUGGACCACGAAGACCUUCAAGAUGGCCAAAUGUCAGUCUGACUGGCGUGAGCUUUGGAUCGAUGAUGCUUUCUGGCGUUUCCUGUUCUCCGCCAUCCUAUUGGUCAUCAUGUUCCUGUGGCGACCGUCGGCCAAUAACCAGAGGUACGCAUUCAGGCCUCUGGUGGAUGAUGAGGAGAGUGAUGAAGAGGAGGAGGACGAGCUCAUGGUGAACGAAGCUUUCGAGGGCAUGAAGAUGAGGGGCGUGAAGAACGAACCCAACGGUGCCGCCAGAGCCGACAAAGUGGAUGAAGAUCUGAAAUGGGUGGAGGAGAACAUCCCGUCGUCCAUGGCCGACGUCGCCCUGCCCCCCCUGCUCGACUCGGACGAGGAAACCAUGACGACCAAGUUCGAGAUGUCCAAGAUGGAGUGACGCCUUUGAGGACGGAAGAGGAAAGCGACGUUUGUGUGACCGAUCUCCAACUUUAUGAGCUUUGUAAGCGUCAACUGGACGAACACUCACCGUGGCUUUUUUUUUUUUUUUACCACACAAAUCCUUUUUAUAUUUAUGUACUUAAACACACACACACCGCCAUAUUUUGACAGCUUCUUUGCAUGUAACAAUAUCAUGUUGUGUAUGCCGUUGCCAUGGCAGCACUGCUGUCGUGCGUGUGUGUUUUUGUGUUGUGCUCGGGCUUGCGUAUGGACUGCUCAAAAUCAUAGCGGCGUGUCUUUAGAAACCUCCUUUCACUUUCAUUCAGCAUCCCUCACUCACGAUUAUUAUUGAUCAUCACUUUUCUGCUGUCAUGACUAAAAAUGUCUUCUUAAAAAGUUCUUCUUUUGCAGUUGUGAUUUCUUCACACUCCAAACCAGCACAGACACAAAAAAAUAGAAAUUAAAAAUUCAUUUUUUUUCCCCCGCCUGAAAUAAAUGUGAAUAAGCAAAGUGAUUUAUACUGCAAAUAAGCGGUGUGUGUGUGUGUGUGUGUGUGGAGGGUUCCACAUAUAACGGGGAUAGAUUCCCCCCCCAAAAAAUUAGAGAAUUGGUGAAUGCGCAAAUGGCGAAAUGCAAAUAUGCAGUGCGCCACUGUACUUACAGUAAUGCCCUCGCACGUGGGAAAGGAGAAGUACCGUCGCCGAUGCACUUUUCAGCCGUUGAUUGAAAGCCGGUAGAAUAAUAAAGCACAAACAUAAUGAGCAGACCGUGCAGGAGCUGCUGUUGGCCACAGCUCACACUCACUCUCACCCCCCCCCUCCCGUCUGUCGGUUAGACUAGGAUUUGAAGUUGUUGCUUUUUUUAACCGGAUUUCCUCGAGGCAAAAUCCCACCCAAAAAGAUUCCCCAAGAAGGCCAUUUUUUCAAUUUCUCUGGAAGCAAUUAUCCAAUUUCCUAACUUGUUGGUUAAAAUGGCCGUUCCAAUCCUGUCAUGUUGUUACUGUGAGUAUUGUUCUAUUAUCUGUCUGCAUGUGUUGCUCCACUGUGUUCAACUAGCAGUUGCUGAUAAAACCAAAAUCAUCGAUGCUAA